ACAAACAAAAGAGAAGGUCCUGAUUUUUUUAGUUCGUGACUGAUGUGGGCGUUUAACACUCCCCAGCCAAAGCAACCACCGUCAGUGUUCAACCCACCUCGUGCUCCUCCAAAACUUCAUUUUUCAUCUGUUACCUUAAACCCCUCAAUCUCCACCUCAACGCCUAGCAACAAUCACCUAAUCCAAUCAUUGUGCAAACAAGGUAACCUUAAACAAGCCUUCAAGCUCCUUUCCCAUGAACCCAGUCCUUCUCAAAGAACCUACGAGCUCCUUAUCCUCUCAUGCGCCCACCAAAAUUCACUUUCCCUUGCCCAAUCCCUUCAUUCCCAUAUUUCCGAGAAUGGGUUCGACCAAGAUCCUUUCUUGGUUACCAAACUUAUAAAUAUGUAUGCUGAUUUGGAUUCACUCGAUGACGCUCGCAAGGUGUUCGAUAAAACGCGUAAGAGAACAAUUUUCGUUUGGAAUGCGCUUUUUCGAGCGCUUACUUUGGCUGGUUUUGGGGAAGAAGUUUUGGGUUUGUAUAGAAAAAUGAAUAGGAUUGGACUCCCAUCGGAUAGGUUUACUUAUACUUAUGUGCUUAAAGCUUGUGUCGCUUCUGGAUGUAUGGUUUCGCUAUUAAAGAAAGGGAAGGAGAUUCAUGCUCAUAUUUUAAGACAUGGGUUCGAAGCACAUGUUCAUGUUAUGACUACUUUGGUUGAUAUGUAUGCGAGGUUUGGUUGCGUUGCACAUGCGAGUCUUGUUUUUGAGAAGAUGCCUGUUAGGAAUGUGGUUUCUUGGAGUGCAAUGAUUGCGUGUUAUGCUAAAAAUGAAAGGCCUUUUGAGGCAUUGGAGCUUUUUAUGGAAAUGAUGACCGAGACUCUUGACUCCAUUCCAAAUUCGGUUACUAUGGUCAGUGUUCUUCAAGCUUGUGCAGCUCUGUCAGCUUUGGAGCAAGGAAAGUUGAUUCAUGCUUAUAUCCUCAGGAGAGGGCUUGAUUCAGUUUUGCCAGUUAUAAGUGCACUUAUUACAAUGUAUUCUCGAUGUGGUGAGCUUGAAUUGGGGCAACGGAUUUUUGACCGGAUGGAGAAAAGGGAUGUUGUGUCAUGGAAUUCAUUGAUAUCAAGUUAUGGUAUUCAUGGAUAUGGGAAGAAAGCAAUGCAAAUUUUUCAAGAGAUGAUUUAUCAAGGUGUUUCCCCAAGUCCUAUAACUUUUGUCGGUGUUUUGGGAGCUUGCAGCCAUGCAGGUCUUGUUGAAGAGGGAAAAAGGUUGUUCGAUUCGAUGUGUAAAGUACAUGGAAUAAUUCCUAGUGUUGAGCACUAUGCCUGUAUGGUCGAUCUUCUUGGUCGUGCCAAUAGGUUAGAAGAGGCAGCUAGGAUUAUAAAUGAAAUGCAGAUCGAACCUGGAGCUAAGGUUUGGGGUUCACUUCUUGGCUCAUGUAGGAUUCAUUGUAACGUAGAGCUAGCAGAGAGAGCUAGCCAUAGACUAUUUCAACUCGAACCCCUAAGUGCUGGGAAUUAUGUACUUCUAGCUGAUAUUUAUGUGGAAGCCGAGAUGUGGGAUGACGUAAAGCGAGUGAGGAAGCUGCUCAAAACUCGCUCACUGCAAAAAGUUGCAGGCAGAAGUUGGAUUGAAGUGAAAAGGAAAAUGUAUUCAUUUGUUUCUGUCGAUGAGUUCAAUCCUCAGAUUGAACAGAUCCAAUCCUUGUUGAUUAAACUGUGUGCAGAAAUGAAGGAGAAGGGAUAUAAACCGCAAACCAAAGUCGUUCUGUAUGAUCUCGAGGAAGGCGAAAAGGAACGCAUUCUAUUAGGUCACAGUGAAAAACUCGCAGUUGCAUUUGGACUCAUCAAUACAAAUAAAGGGGAAACCAUAAGGAUAACAAAGAAUUUGAGGCUAUGUGAAGACUGCCACUCGUUCACAAAGUUCAUUUCCAAGUUUACAAAUAAAGAGAUUCUGGUUCGUGAUGUGAAUCGCUUUCACCAUUUCCAGAAUGGAGUCUGUUCAUGUGGGGAUUAUUGGUAGUCAUACCUUUCCCUUUUAUUUAUUUUUGAGUUCUAAAUAAGUCAUAAAACAGCAGAGAGAUCAUAUAGAUGUGUACAGCAGACCAGUAAGCCUAAUUGGUUUGUCAUCGUUGUGUUUGUUUUUAACCCGUAAUUUAAUACUAUGGAUCAGACAAGUUUAAAGUUU